AUGAAGGAAGAGAUUUUAAGGGACAUCAAGUCCGCCAAACAAAAGUCAAAUGAAAAUCUGCCUGCUUGCAUUCCCGUCUGGUUCCGCUUGGGAAACAGGGUUGAUACUGCCGCUGUUACUACAGAUUCCACCGCUACCAGAAUCACAGGCCGUCGACCAGUUAAGUCAAGACUGGAUGAAAGAAGAGAAGUUUCCUCAGCAAACAGGGAUGAGCAACCAAAGAACGAUUCUCCAUCAAGCGCCAUGCCAGAUAAAGAAUUCAAACAGAUGGUUGAGCAAGUUCGGGAUGCCUUAACCCAAUCUAAGGGUGGUGCAUUGAUUCUAAAAGAUAAACCUUACCCGAAAGAAGUAGCUCUGCUAGAACUGAAGGCAUCGGUAUCCGACACUGCGGGCUUACUCUCCGGUUGGAUCGUAACUUCUGAUCACUGCUCCUGGCGAUGGAUCUCGUGUGAUGCAAGCGGACGCGUCGUCGCUGUCAACAUCUCCGCUUUCCCCGGCGAUACUCCACCCUCCUGCUCCCGGUCCAGACCAUUCCAGUGGUGCUACUCCGAUCCCGGCCGGAGUCUCGCCGGAAAACUAAGCCCAUCCAUAGGGAAGCUCACCACGCUAAGAAUUCUCUCCCUCGCCUUUCACAGCUUUUACGGUGAGAUCCCAAGAGAGAUAUGGGGGUUAAAGAAUUUAGAGGUGAUUGAUCUCGAAGGAAAUUCACUGCUCGGAACCCUACCCUUGAGAUUUCCCCGCUCGCUUCGCGUCCUCAAGUUGGCUUCCAAUCUGAUUACUGGCGAGAUUCCUAUUUCGCUGUCUCGUUGUAUUCAUUUGUUGAUUCUGGACCUCUCCAGGAACCGAUUAAACGGCAGCUUGCCUAGGUUUUUGAUCAGCUUUCCGAAAUUAACACAAUUGCAUCUAUCCUUUAAUCUUUUGGAGAAGUCAAUCCCUGAAGAGAUUGGCUCCGGGUGCCUAAGCCUUGAGUAUCUGGACCUAUCUGGGAAUUUACUGAUUGGAAGCAUUCCCAGCAGCUUAGGGAAUUGCACCAAGCUUCAAUUUCUUUUAUUGGCUUCAAAUCGUUUGGAUUCCGUUAUUCCUCCAGAUCUCGGUCGUCUGGAAAAUCUUCGAGCAUUGGAUGUGUCGAAGAAUUGUUUGAGAGGCUAUAUUCCUGAAGAACUUGGGAACUGCAAGGAGCUGGUUAUGAUUGUUCUUACAAACAUGUUUGAUCGCAUGCCUGCUCAGAAUUCCUCGAUCUAUCAUGAGAAGGAUGAAUCUAAUUAUUUUCACGGUGGGAUUUCCUGGAAGAUUACGGCUUUGCCAAAGCUUAGGAUAUUGUGGGCUCCCAAAGGGAACCUUGAAGGGGAUUUUCCAAGCUAUUGGGGUAUCUGUAAAAGCUUGGAGAUGGUAAGUUUGGGUCAAAAUAGAUUUACAGGCGACAUUCCUAGAAAUCUCAGCAAAUGUGUGAAUAUUAAGUUCCUCGACCUUAGCUUAAAUAAAUUGACCGGUUCGCUGAGUGAGGAGCUCCCAGUUCCUUGCAUGGAUUUCCUUGAUGUCAGCGGAAACCAUUUAUCUGGCUCCAUUCCAAGGUUUAUUCACAAGAAGUGCCCUUUGUUGCCUUCCCCAACCAAUGACCUGCUUACUGCAUACUCUUCGUUUUUCACUUCUAGGGCAAUUGCAGAAAUUGAUCUGCCUUACUUUGAAUCUAGCAGGAAUUAUGUAGUUUAUCAUAAUUUUAGCAGAAACAAUUUGUCUGGCAUGUUGUCCUCUUUACCAGUUGUAACCGAUAGAUAUGAAAAUCAUACUGUUUAUACCCUCCAAAUAGGUGAAAAUUAUAUUGCUGGAUCAUUAACUGAUGGUUUGUUCAGCAGGUGCAGAGAGUUGAGCGGUUUGGUUUUUAUUUGCAAUGGCAACAGGAUUUCCGGUGAAAUUCCAGUUGAUAUUGGAGUUAUCUGCAGGGCUCUUAUUGUUCUUAAUGCUUCCAGUAAUCAAAUUACUGGAAUUAUUCCUCAGAGCAUCAAGCAAUUGGAUAGACUUGUUGUGCUGGACUUGUGUAAGAAUCAGCUGAAGGGAGAGAUUCCUUCCGCUGGUCUCUCUGGAAUAAAAGCUUUAAGACAUCUCAGCAUAGGCAAUAACAAUUUUAGUGGUAAAAUUCCUGCCAGAUUGAAUGACUUGCAUUUCCUCCAGGAACUGGAUUUUUUAUCCAAUUUUCAUACUGGUGAGAUCUCCAGUGGACAGGUGAAAUUGAGAAAACUUUCUUUUCUUAUGCUCAAUGAUAGCAAACUUUCUCGAAAUUUGCCUUCUGAUUUUCUUAGUGUGGAAUCACACCCGAAGUUUAACGUGUCAUACAAUAAUUUAUCCAGUCCUUUGCCAUUAAAUUCAAGUAUGAUCAGUUGUGAUAGGCCUCGUGACAAUCCUUUGAGGCAAGCAUGCCUUGACAAUCCUCUAUCUAUUUCAGUUUCACAUUUUCAAAACAGCAGUAAGGAAACCCACUCACAUAUUAAAAAUAAUAUACCGGCGCCAUUUUCACCUGCUAAAAGUAGUGCUGAUAUCAGUUCAUUUUGGAUUACCGCAAUUGCUUCAGCAGCAGCUAUUGCUUCGGUGAUUCUAUUUUUGCUUGCUCUCUAUAUAUAUUCAAAGAAAUGUGUGCCAAGCUCUUCAGUGCAGUCUUCUGAAAUAAGAGAUGUAACAACAUUUGUGGAUGUUGGAAUUCCAUUGACUUAUGAGACUGUAGUGAGAGCCACAGGGAACUUCAAUACGAGCUACUGUAUCGGAAGUGGAGGUUUUGGGGCCACAUACAAAGCUGAGAUUUCACCAGGAGUUCAUGUAGCCAUAAAAAGGCUUUCAGUGGGAAGAUUUCAAGGUGUUCAACAGUUCCAUGCAGAGAUCAAAACUCUUGGCAUGUGGAGACAUUCUAAUCUUGUGACUCUGAUAGGAUAUUAUGGCAGUGAUGAUGAGAUGUUCUUAAUAUACAAUUUUCUCCCAGGAGGUAACCUGGAAAAGUUCCUACAAGAACGAUCCAGGCGACCUGUAGAUUGGAAAAUGCUUCACAAGAUCGCUCUAGAUGUCGCACGAGCCCUUGCCUAUUUGCAUGGUCAGUGUGUGCCACGCAUUCUUCAUCGGGAUGUCAAACCAAGUAAUAUUUUGCUGGACAAUGAUUUCAAUGCAUAUCUUUCUGAUUUUGGGUUAGCAAGGCUUUUGGGUAAUUCAGAAACACAUGCGACAACUGGUGUGGCUGGAACUUUUGGAUAUGUUGCUCCAGAGUAUGCUAUGACUUGCAGAGUUUCAGAUAAAGCUGAUGUUUAUAGCUAUGGCGUAGUUUUGCUCGAGUUAUUGUCAGACAAGAAAGCACUCGAUCCAUCUUUCUCUCCCUACGGAGAUGGAUUCAACAUUGUUACGUGGGCAUCUAUGCUUCUACACCAAACUCGUGCUCAUGAGUUUUUCACUGAGGGGCUCUGGCAAGUUGCUCCCCGUCAACAGUUGAUAGAAACAUUUAAAUUGGCCCUUAGAUGUACGGAAGAACAGCUUUCUCAAAGGCCUAGCAUCAGACAAGUGGUACGUGCGCUCAAGGAUCUUCAACCGUGAAGCUUUUAAAAUUAAUAAUGGGAUGAUGAGGCUUCAGUACUUGUUGAAUAGAAUGCUAAAACAGUUAUUUGAGUAAAGGAUUACGUGCAUCUGCUAUUUUACUUGAUUGUAAGCUAUUCUUCCCAGCUCACUAUUCUCUUGAGGCUCAGGGCCUGUUUGGGACAGCUUAUAAGUGCGGGGGGCAGUUUGAAAAUGCUGUCUUGCCAUUUGUUUCGCACAUUUUGGGCGCGCAUCCUAAACCGUGUUUUGUGUUUUCAUAGCAACGCGAUCGCGGGGUUAUACCCGCAAUCCUCGUUCGCGUUCAGCAUUCGCCCCCAGUGAUUACCUCCGUGCCCUUGUGUGAUCACAAACCCUACCCCGCUCCUUUGCCGAAAGGCAAGCAAACAUAUUAUGGCGCUCGUUUGCCCUCUCUGAGUUGCUCCUCUGCUGAAAGCCAGGCGAAGCCAGGUUUCGUCCCUCGUCUGCCCUCCUCGCAUCGCUCCUCUGCUGAAAGCCAGAUGAAGCCCCUACCUUCAUCGUUCCGCCCUACCUCCAACGCUCCUUUGCCAAAAGCCAGGCGAAGCAUGCAAACGUUUUUUGUAUACCAUAAAAUUUCUUAACUUUAUUCAUAGGGUUUUCCUUAAUUUUUUUUUUUUUGAAAUUCUGAUGAUGGGUUCUCCACAUUCCCUACUGAUCUGAAAUUUUUAAAGCCUUUGUUGCAUACAUUUCAUGAUUUUUCUGUUUAUGGAAUACCACCUUAUCAAGUACAAAUAUAAGUUUUUUCAUAUAUAACCAUUGAUAGAUAUAUAUGCAGUUUUCUAAAUGAUUUUAACUAUAGAUGUAGCUGGCAUUUUAUUAGGCCAUUUAAGGUAGUACUUUACCUUCUUUUAAUGAAAUUGAUUUAUAUAUCGGCUUCAAUAGAUCUAAUUUCAUUAAAAAAAAAAAGAAUUUGAAGAAACCAACUUCAACAUCUUCUAUGGGACUUUACAUGUGUUUUCUUAUAUUGUUUCGUUUCUUUAAUGAACACUGUGGAUACAUUCAUUCUAGUCAUGAAUCAUGUAGCACGAUUUUCUAUCAGCAAAUUUCUUAUGGCUUAUGCGGAUAAUAUCUUGAUAAAUAAGAUCACUUGAGAAGACCACUUGAACCAUAUAAAAAUAAUUUUAAAUACCAGCGUACCCAAAAAUUAUACAUCAACUUUAAAAAAUGUCAGUUCCAUCAAACUCAUCUCAUGUUGGAUUGUACUACAUCUUCCUCUUCAAAAAUAAUUUGUAGUAUUUUAUAAUGUUGCCAUAUGUUUAGAUUUGUUUGUUGUGAGUUGAUUUUUUGUUUGGUUAAAUAUUUGCUGCUAAUGUUAUUAAACACUUCCUUUUAGAUUUCCCUCGUAUUAAUAAGUAGAGCAAUGAAUAAGAGUAAAGAGAUUGGAUCAUCGGUCAUGUGGGACGGCGAUGCCACAAAUAUUUUCUGUAAUCUCUGUUUUAGGGAGGUCGAGCUGGGAAAUAGAAGGUUGACAAAAUGCUAUGGUUAAAUUCAAUGAAUUGACAGGAAGAGAUUAUGAUAUGAUGAAAUUGAAGAAUAAAUGUAAUCAAUUAAAGAUGAUCUCGAAAGAACUUAAGAGGGAAACUACAGGUUUGGGCUGGAAUCCAGUGAAGCGGACAAUAGAUGCUCCUGAUGAUUGGUGGGCAGAGCAACUAAAGGUGGUGCUAGCAGCUAAGAAAUUAAAAUUCAAUGGCAUUGAUCCAAUGAUGGAAGAGAAGCUAGAUGGUAUAUUCAGUGGGGUUGUUGCAACGGGAGCUCAGGCUGUUACCCCAUCGGAGCCUGACUUCAUUAACACAACAGAUGUCCUGGGGAUCGAUCAUGUAAAUGACUCAGGAGAAGUGCCCUGCAAAAUUUAAAGGUAUGUGGAAUUCACAUCCAUUUCAAAAUGGCACGGUGGACAAAAGGAAGAAAGGAGCCGCAUUCGUCUGAAGCACAAUCAAAAACUGGCUGAAUCCUGCAUAGUUAAGCUUGCUGCCUCACAGGAUAUAUCCAUUGAGGGGUGCCUUCAAAUCCUAAUUAUACAUGCUGAGGUUAAGACAGACAAGAAACUAUAUAUCAAUUGUGUAAAGUUAUUGCAAGAUCCAGUUUGUAGAGAAUUUUUAUUGAAGCUCGAUGCAGAAUACCAAGUCGAUUUCUUACGCUACUUCUUAGAAAAUUGAAUGUUUUGAAAUAUUGAUAUUAUGUUUUCUCAGAAUUUUUUGUACCGUUGUAUCAUGAAUCGUUUUUUUUUCUAG